AUGACGUCACCAAGCACGUCCUCUCCGUCAGAACGAGGUUACGUCACAGUAGGGCCGUGCCAUUCGCAUCUGAAUCAUAUUUCACCUCUUCUGGUGGCUUACAGAAGUCAAGGCUUCUGGCUGAAGAGGAGCACAUAUGAAGAGCAAGCGACAGCAGGGAGUUAUAUAGCAUGGAGCACAUUUCCCAACUUUAAUCAAUUGAUCGGAGAUAGUUUACGCAUCCCAUCUGUCUCCGUCCAGGAGGAGGACAGAAACCAGGAUGGGAAAUCUGACUUCCUCGUGCUCCAGAUCAACAUCCCACUCAAGCCAGAAGAACAGAUGUUUGGUGUUCAGCUCCUCCUUACCUUCUCAUACCAGCUGUUUCGAAUGUCUACGGUUGUGAUGCAGACGCUUGCCUUUGUGCAGCGUUCCUCGCCUGUCCCAGGAUCUCAGCUCUUCAUCUGUGGAGACCUGAAGUUAAACCAGCGAACUCCUCUUCCACACCGAGGCUUACAUAGUACCUACAAUGUAUCAGUGAUCAAUGGAUCCAGUCUGUUUGCGAGUACAUAUGACCUGACCAACAUCAUUAGACUCUACCAGCAGAGAAACCUGACUACUGAUCUCUCCGGAGUCAUUCCCGUGUGGACGCUGGGCAGAGCUGUAAAUUCUCCAUUCCAGAUCAGCGCCCAGAUCAACUAUCCAGAAGAAACUAUUACCUAUCGGCCGGGCUUUUGGGAAACCAUCAAGUUUGCCUGGAUUCAGUUUGUCAGCAUCCUGCUUAUCUUUCUUUUGGUACGUCAUCUGCUGCAAAUGUAUACAACGCUCUUAACGCGAUAG